AUGGAGAGGCUGGCUGAUCCUGAAAUCUUACGGCUGAAUUGUGUUUUUAGAUUUAAAGCAUCAGGAGGACUUCCUUAUCAUGUGAGGAUUUCAGACCAGAAGAUGAAAGAUGUGCUGUGUUUGAUUAACAGUAUACCUUUGCCACAGAAAUCAUCAACUCAGUCUCCAGAGAGACAGGUAUCGUCAGUUCCUGUUGCUUCAAGUGGGACAAAAGUUCUCCUUGGUACUUCAUUAUUGCUGAGUGAAAUGGAUUCAGAGUCUGAUGAUGAGUAUUUCGACGCUGAAGGCGGUGCCUCCCAGGUGCCUAGAGGUGCGCGAGGCUCCGAACCCCGAAAGGCUGCGGAGGUUCCGAACGAGGCCCUCGUUAAUCUUCUGCUCAAGUUUGAAGUUAAAGAAGUAAUUUUGGAAUUUACUAAACAACAGAAAGAAGAAGAUACAAUUCUAGUAUUUAAUGUUACUCAGUUAGGAACAGAGGCCACAGUGAGAACUUUCGACCUAACUGUGGUGUCUUAUUUAAAGAAGAUCAGCUUGGAUUACCAUGAAAUUCAAGGAUCAAGAAAAAAGCCCCUUCACUUGAUUAGCUCUUCUGACAAACCUGGGUCAGAUCUUUUAAAAGUAGAGUAUAUUAAGGCUGAUAAGAGUGGACCUAGUUUUCAAACCACUUUUGAAAAAACUGAACAGACAUUUAAGGUGGCCUUUUCCUCUUUGAACUUGUUGCUGCAAACCCAAGCUCUUCUCUCUUCUAUUAACUACCUGACAACCAUCCUUCCCUCAGAUGGCCUUGGAGUUAAUAUAGAAAAGUCUUGAAUAGAAUUUAUAUUAUCUGAAUUGUAUUGUGAAAUAACUCUUAUUUUCUUUUUAGUGAUUGUAUCCUCUAAAGACAGUGAUGUUAUUGGCUUCAGAUUGUUUGCCAAGUUAAAUGCUUUCUGUGUCACCAUUUGCAAUGAGAAGAGCAGUAUUGCUGAAAUCAGGAUACAAGGCCUCGACUCUUCUCUUUCUCUUCAGUCAAGGAAGCAGUCACUUUUUGCCAGACUGGAAAAUAUUAUUGUUACAGACGUUGAUCCUAAGACAGUUCAUAAAAAAGCUGUGUCAAUAAUGGGAAAUGAAGUUUUUCAUUUUAACUUGGAUUUGUACCCAGAUGUGACUGAAGGGGAUUCAUACACUGACAUGUCCAAAGUGGAUGGCGUGGUGUUGCUGAAUGUUGGCUGCAUUCAGAUUGUCUAUCUUCAUAAGUUCCUUGUGUCCCUUUUGCACUUCCUGAACAAUUUCCAGACAGCCAAAGAGGCCCUGAGCGCAGCCACCGCGCAGGCUGCAGAAAAGGCCGCCACCAGUGUGAAAGACCUUGCCCAGCGGAGUUUGCGCUUCUCUGUCAGCAUUAAUUUGAAAGCACUCGUUAUUGUCAUCCCACAGUCUUCUGUUUCCAGCAACGCUGUUGUGGUGGACCUUGGUUUGAUCAGAGUUCAGAACCAGUUCAGUCUUGGGUCUGGGGAAGGGUCUGUAAAUCCUCCUGUGAUCGAUAGAAUGGAUGUGCAGCUCACGGACCUGAAGCUGUCCAGGACAGUGAUCCAACCAGGCACCUCCCAGCCUGAUAUUCAGCUGUUGCACCCAAUUAACUUUGAGUUUUUUGUAAAUCAAAAUUUACCUGCAAAUUGGUAUCAUAAGGUACCUGUUGUGGAAAUUAAAGGACAUCUUGAUACAAUGAAUGUUUGUCUAAAUCAAGAAGAUCUUAAUGUUUUGUUUAGAAUACUGUCGGAAAAUCUUGGUGAAACUCCUGAAGAGUUAGAUAAAGUGAAACCAAGAGUACCAGAGACAGGUGAAAUCAAAGAUGCCCCUGAAGUUUCUACAUCACAGAGAUUACAAGCUUCAAAAGAUGCUUCAAGAGCUGAAAGAGAAGAAAUUAGAUCUGUAAACAUUGUUAAUGUACUGCUGAAUUUUGAAAUUAAAGAGGUUAUGGUGAUGCUGAUGAAAAAGGCGGAAAAGAGUGGGAGGCCAGUGCACGAGCUCAGUGUCCUGCAGCUUGGAGUGGAAGCUAGAGUUCAAGCUUAUGCCGUGACCGCUGAAGCUUAUCUCCAGCAAGUCAGCAUGCGGUGCCUGGAUUUCACUGACGCAGAAGGAGGCCCUCUGCACAUCGUGCGCUCCUCUCGCGUGACUAAGGAGCCGCUCCUGAAGAUGGCCUUGACCAAGGCAGACAGUGAUGGACCGGAAUUUAAAACUGUUCAUGACAAUACCAAACAGAGACUAAAGGUUUCAUUUUCAUCCUUAGACAUGUUACUUCAUUUAGAAGCUUUACUUUCCCUUAUGGAUUUUUUGUCAUCGGCUGUUCCAUCCUCUGAGUCAUCUUCUAGGAAGGAAUCUGAGCUAAAACCACUUGUAAGGGAGUCCAGAAGUAUUGCCAUCAAAGCUGUAUCUGGCACCAUUUCUAAAAAGGAUAUGUUCGAUUUAAAGGUUACAGCUGAAUUAGAUGCUAAAUGUUCUGUAGCUGAUGUUAAAAUACAUAGAAUGGACGCCUCUGUUUCUGUGAAGCCAAAACAGACUGAUAUGUUUGCCAGACUUCAGAAUAUCAUAGUAACAAAUGUUGAUUUGAAGUCCAUUUACAAAAAGGCUGUCUCCAUCUUGGGAGAGGAAGUCUUUCGGUUCCAGAUGACUUUGUAUCCAGACGCCACAGAAGGAGAAGCCUAUGCUGACGUGUCUAAAGUGGAUGGCAGACUUAGUCUCAAAGUGGGUUGUAUUCAGAUCGUUUACGUUCAUAAAUUCUUCAUGUCUCUGUUGAAUUUCCUCAACAACUUCCAAGCUGCCAAGGAAGCUUUGAGCACGGCUACCAUGCAGGCUGCAGAGAGAGCUGCUUCUAGUGUGAGGGACUUGGCCCAGAAGAGCUUCCGCCUUGCGAUGGAUGUGGACCUGAAAGCACCGGUUAUUAUUAUCCCUCAGUCUUCAGUGUCGUCUAACGCUGUGGUGGCAGAUCUCGGUUUAAUCAGCGUGGAAAACAGCUUUAGCUUGCUUCCUGCAGAACGUUACCCUUUCCCUCCAGUCGUUGAUAAAAUGAAGGUCCAACUCACUCAAUUGAAGCUGUCCAGAACUAUCUUGCAAGCUGACUUGCCACAGGAUGACAUUGAAAUCUUAAAACCAGUAAACAUGCUUUUGUCUAUACAACGAAACUUAUCAGCAACCUGGUACAUGGAAAUUCCUGGGAUCGAGAUAAAAGGAAAGUUAAAACCUAUGCAGGUUGCUCUCAGUGAAGAUGAUCUAACAGUUCUAAUGAAAAUUUUGCUGGAAAAUCUUGGGGAAGCUUCUCCACAGCCAAGCCCUACACUGUCUGUUCAGGAGGCUGUGAGAGUGAGGAAAGAUAUUCCAAGUGGACCAGACUACCUGAGAGAACAAGAACAUUUGACAGACUUAAAGCCUUCUGUGGACCAGACCGUCACACUCCAAUUUGACUUUCAUUUUGAAUCUCUGUCCAUUAUCCUUUAUAACAGUGACAUCAGUCAGGAGUCCAAACUUGCAUUUCAUAAUGAUAGUUUUCGUCUCGGUGAGCUCAGACUGUACCUGAUGGCCUCUGCAGGGAAGAUGUUCAAGGAUGGCUCAGUGAAUGUCAGCCUUAAGCUGAAGACAUGCACCCUUGAUGAUCUCAGAGAAGGCAUCGAGAGAGCCACGUCCAGGUCUAAUGAUUGACGAAAGAAUGACCAAGAUAGCAGCAGUUCUAUGAUUGAUAUUCAUUACAAACAAGACAAAAACACAAGUCUAAUUGAUGCUGUUCUUGACAAGCUGUAUGUGUGUGCCAGCGUGGAGUUUUUGAUGACUGUGGCAGAUUUCUUCAUUAAAGCUGUGCCUCAGAGCCCAGAAAAUACGGCGAAGGAAAUACAAAUGCCAUCAAGACACAUUACCAUGGGGAAAGUCCAGACAGAAAAAGAUGAUUCUGCAAGACGAAACAUGACCUUGAAGGCCAAGAUCACAGACCCGGAAGUGGUGUUUGUGGCCAGCCUGAGCAGGGCGGACGCUCCUGCGCUGUCGGCCUCCUUCCAGUGUAAGCUCUGUGUGUCCGCAUCUGGGCUGGAGCAGGUGAUGGAGGCAUCCGUCAAAGACCUGAGAGUGCUCGCUUGUCCUUUCCUCAGAGAGAAGAGGGGGCAAACUAUCACCACAGUCUUGCAGCCGUGCUCUUUAUCUAUGGAAAAAUGUACCUGGGCCUCGGGAAAACAGAAUAUCAAUAUUAUGGUUAAAGAAUUUAUAAUUAAGAUUUCACCCAUCAUUCUGAAUACUGUGAUGACAAUAAUGGCUGCCAUGUCUCCAAAGACGAAAGAGGAUGAAUCGAGAGACACAUCUAAGGAAAUGGAAAGUCUUUGGGAUAUCAAGUCUAUUGAUGAUUAUAACUCUUGGUUUCUUGGUGUUGACAUGGCAACCGAAGCAACAGAAAGUUUCAGAGCGAUGGAUCAUCCACUAAUAGAGGAAAACUGUGCUGUUGCUGUGGAAUCGGUCCAAGUCACUCUAGAAUGUGGCCUUGGGCACCGAACUGUGCCUUUACUAUUGGCAGAGUCCAAGUUUUCAGGAAAUAUUAAGAAUUGGACUUCCCUGUUGGCUGCUACUGCUGAUGUGACACUGCAGGUUCACUAUUACAAUGAGAUUCAUGCUGUGUGGGAGCCAUUGAUCGAGCGAAUAGAGGGGAAGAAACAAUGGAACUUAAAGCUUGAUGUACAGAAGAACCCGAUCCAGGAUAAAAGUUUGAUACCAGGAGAUGAUUUUAUUCCUGAGCCCAAAAUGGCAAUUUAUAUUUCUUCAGCAGACACAAUGAAUAUAACAAUAUCCAAAACGUGUCUCAAUGUUUUCAGCAAUUUAGCAGAAGGUUUUUCGGAGGGCACUGCUUCUACUUUUGAUUACUCUUUAAAAGACAGAGCUCCGUUUACAGUCAGAAAUGCUGUAGGUGUUCCCAUGAAGGUGCAGCUCAGUCGUAACCUGAGAGUGAUGGGCUCCCCAGGGAAGAGCGAUGUCUAUGGUGUGGAUGCCGGUCAGCAUCUGGAACUGGAGUAUGCCCGCACGGAACCUUCCUCUCAAGGGAAGCUGUCUGUGCUGAGCCAUCAGGAGAGUUCCUUCUUCACACUGACUUUCGUACCACAUGGAUACACAGAGGUUGCCAAUGUCCCUGUUGCCCGACCUGGACGGCAGUUGUACAAUGUGCGGAAUCCCCACGCCAAUUACUCAGACUCCGUCUUGGUACAGAUUGAUGCCACCAAAGGGAAUAAAGUCAUCACCCUCCGCUCUGUGCUGCAGAUUAAAAACCACUUCUCUGUUCCAUUUAUCAUCUAUAAACUGGUUAAGAAUGUUAAACUUCUGCAGCGCAUUGGAACAGUCAGCCCCGAAGAGGAGUUCCAUGUCCCUUUAGAGUCCUAUAGAUCUCAGUUGUUUAUCCAGCCAGCUGGGGACUUAGAGCAUCAGUACAAGGAGUCGACCACCUACAUCCCCUGGAAGGAGGAGCUGCACAGGAGCAGUUCCGUAACAGGGAGGCUGCAGUGUCCGGCGGUGCAGCGCAGCUUCCUGCCGCUAGUUGUGAACACGGUUGCCGAGCUGGACGAGUUGAGCCACAUCAGCGCACACGGGGAGGAUUGGAACCCGGCGUACAUCAUUCACCUCUACCCUUCUCUUACACUGCGGAAUCUGCUCCCCUAUUCCCUAAGAUACUUACUGGAGGGAACAGCAGAUACUCAUGAGCUGGCAGAAGGCAGUACAGCAGACGUCCUGCAUUCCCGAAUCAGUGGAGAAGUCAUGGAAUUAGUCCUGGUUAGAUACCUGGGCAGAGACUGGACUGGUCAUUUCCGCAUAUGUGACACGCUUCCCGAGUUCUUUCUUGUGUGUUUUACGUCUAACUCCAAAGAAGCAGUGACAGUUGACCUGUCGGUGCACAUCAGGCGAGUUGGCAACCACGUGGUGCUCUCCGUCUUUAGUCCCUACUGGUUAAUCAACAAGACUUCCCUGGUCCUCCAGUACCGCGCAGAAGACACUCACGUGAAGCACCCAGCUGACUUCAGGGACAUCAUUUUAUUCUCUUUCAAGAAGAAGAACAUUUUUAGUAAAAACAAGGUACAAUUAAAAAUUUCAACUAGUGCCUGGUCCAGCAGUUUCUCAUUGGAUACUGUGGGAAGUUACGGGUGUGUGAAAUGUGCUGCCAACGAUAUGGAAUACCUGGUUGGGGUGAGCAUCAAAAUGAGCAGCUCCAACCUCUCGCGCAUCGUCACUCUGACGCCCUUCUGCACCGUCGCAAACAAGUCCUCACUAGAGCUGGAAGUCAGCGAGAUUGCGUCCGAUGGCUCUGUGUCAACUAAUAAAUGGAGCUACAUUGCUUCUUCAGAGUGCCUUCCAUUUUGGCCUGAAAAUCUGUCGGGCAAACUUUGUCUGAGAGUAGUGGGCUGUGAGAGACCUUCCAAACCAUUCUUUUAUAACCGACAAGAUAAUGGCACUUUGUUGACCUUAGAAGAACUGAAUGGAGCCAUCUUGGUGGAUGUAAAUACUGCAGAACACUCCACUGUCAUAACUUUUUCUGAUUACCAUGAGGGGUCUGCACCUGCCCUCCUGAUAAACCACACACCGUGGGACAUCCUCACGUACAAACAGAGUGGAUCACAGAAGGAAGUAGUCUUAAUGCCAAGACAAGCUCGACUUUUUGCCUGGGCUGAUCCUACUGGCCCCAGAAAACUUACGUGGACAUAUGCAGCCAGUCGUGGGGAGCAUGCUCUGUUGAAGGACGAAUGUGGCCAGUUUCCCUGUGAUGCAAACAUCCAGAUACACUGGGUGUCAUUCCUCGAUGGCCGCCAGAGAGUACUGCUUUUCACGGAUGAUGUGGCCUUGGUUUCCAAAGCCCUGCAGGCAGAGGAAAUGGAGCAGGCUGACCAUGAAAUAACCUUCUCUCUCCACAGCCUUGGGCUCUCACUGGUUAACAAUGAAAGCAAGCAGGAAGUUUCAUAUAUCGGAAUAACCAGUUCUGGUGUUGUUUGGGAAAUGAAACCACAGCAGAAAUGGAAGCCUUUUAGUCAGAAGCAGAUACUCCUCCUGGAGCAUUCCUACCAGAAGCACCAGCGCUCCUGUGACCGCGGCUGGGUGAAGCUAGAGAAUAAUUUUGAGGUCAAUUUUGAUAAAGUUCCCAUGGAAAUGCGUCUUCCUAUUCAGUGCCCUAUUAAACGAGAUUUUCUGUCAGGAAUUCAGGUUGAAUUUAAGCAGUCUCCUCAUCAGAGGAGUUUAAGGGCCAGGUUGUAUUGGCUACAGGUCGAUAAUCAGUUACCAGGUACCAUGUUUCCUGUUGUAUUUCAUCCUGUGGCUCCUCCCAAGUCCAUUGCUUUGGAUUCAGAGCCCAAACCUUUCAUUGAUGUGAGUGUCAUCACAAGAUUUAAUGAGUACAGUAAAGUCUUACAGUUCAAGUAUUUCAUGGUCCUCAUUCAGGAAAUGGCCUUAAAAGUCGAUCAGGGGUUUCUUGGUGCUAUGGUUGCCCUGUUUACCCCAACAACUGACCCUGAUGCUGAAAGCAAAUGGUUACUCCAACAAGAUAUUGAUGCUCUAAACACAGAGUUAAUGGAGACUUCAAUGACUGAUAUGUCAGUUCUCAGUUUCUUUGAACAUUUCCACAUUUCGCCCAUUAAGUUGCAUUUGAGUCUGUCUUUGAGUUCUGGAGGUGAAGAAUCAGACAAACAGGAAAUGAUUGCGAUUCAUUCUGUCAACCUGCUUCUGAAAAGCAUAGGUGCCACUCUGACUGAUGUGGAUGACCUUAUUUUCAAACUUGCUUAUUUUGAAAUACAAUACCAGUUUUACAAGAGAGAUCAACUCGUGUGGAGUGUUGUUAGGCAUUACAGUGAACAGUUCUUAAAACAGAUGUAUGUCCUUGUGUUGGGCUUAGAUGUGCUUGGAAACCCAUUUGGAUUAAUUAGAGGUCUGUCUGAAGGAGUUGAAGCUUUCUUCUACGAACCCUUCCAGGGUGCUGUCCAAGGUCCUGAAGAGUUUGCUGAAGGAUUAGUGAUUGGAAUGAGAAGUCUCUUUGGGCACACAGUAGGUGGUGCAGCCGGAGUUGUGUCUCGAAUCACUGGUUCCGUUGGGAAAGGUUUGGCAGCAAUUACAAUGGACAAGGAGUAUCAGCAAAGAAGACGAGAAGAGAUGGGCCGACAGCCUAAAGAUUUUGGAGAUAGUCCGGCCAGAGGAGGAAAGGGCUUCCUGCGGGGAGUUUUUGGUGGAGUGACGGGAAUAAUAACAAAGCCUGUAGAAGGUGCCAAAAAGGAGGGAGCUGCUGGAUUCUUUAAAGGAAUUGGAAAAGGGCUUGUGGGUGCUGUGGCUCGUCCGACAGGCGGGAUUGUCGACAUGGCCAGCAGCGCCUUCCAGGGCAUUCAGAGGGCAGCGGAGUCAGCUGAGGAAGUGUCGAGCCUGUGCCCCCCUCGCCGUAUCCAGGAGGAUGGCAUCAUUCGUCCCUACGACAGGCAGGAGUCAGAGGGCCAUGACUUGUUCGAGCAAGAACUGGAAAUACAAGAGUAAAUGUUUCCCAUUCUACUACUUGAUUUCAUCCUUAAUCAGAACAAGCUGUGGUACUGACGGGGUGUGAGUCAGACUGAGAGCCACCUCUAGUGAGAUUGGCUUUAUAACUCUCCUCUCCAUUUGGGCUUUUGACCGUAGCAUUUGAUAACAAACAAAAGUGAUAGUGUAUCUGGUAAAACAGUGCUGGUAAGCGCUCAGUGUAAAAGAUGAGAGGUUGUGGGAAACAGCUGCUUCCAGUUUAGUAGGUGAAAGACAGUCCAAAACCAGAUGAUUCUGGUUCAUUUUGAAAAUUUUAUCUUACAGUGUUUAUGUGCAUGUAGGUAAAAUUGAAAAGAAAGGAGUAGUUUUUAUAUUCAGCCUAUUGGAUGUAUUCUUUUUUUGUUUUAAUUUUAUUUUAAAGAGGGUAAAACCAAACAUAACAAAACAGAACAAAGCAGAUCAGAAGAAAACAAUGUAAGAGACACAGAUUUGGAUGUAUUCUUAUGUUUGCAAGUCAUGAUGGUGGAAUAUUAUUUCCCAAAUUACUAAAUAGACUUUUGGUUCCCCAAUUACUAAAUUUACUCAAGUCAAAGGACGAUGAAUUAGGGCAUUUGUAAAAGUCAGUUGCUCUGAGUCUGUCUUUAGACUCUAAGUGAGAGUUGUCAUAUGAAGUUUGAGACUCUGUUUCCCUUUCCUCUUUUUUUCCCUUUUUAAUCUCAUGUUAUAUACAUGCUCAGUCUUGCAUUUAUGCUUUUCAGAGAUCCAGUCUCCUUGUUGGUUAUAUGUGCUUUGUAAUUUUUAGGUUUAAUUAGUGCAAACAGAAAGAGAAGUUAUGUGUAAUUUUUUAAAAUAAAUGAUUGAAAUGUUUAAUUGGCUUUAGCAGCAUCUUAUCUCACAGCUUUAUGCUGUGCCCAAAAUUGAAACUAAAGUAAAAUUUAGAUUUCUAAUGUGUUGCUUAUUUGAGCACAGUGAAACUAUGAACAUACAACAACUGUUCAAUUAUCAAGAUAAAACUACAGUUAUCAAGAUAAUUACUCUUUUGAUUCACAUUUAAAAGAAGCACUUUGCUGGAAACAACUGGCAUCUGAAGAGGACCCAGUGCAGGAGUAGCAGGACUGCUGCUCUUGGGCUGGAGGAGGUAGCCUGCAGGUGGAGCGCUUGCCUAGCGCCUGCCAGGCCCUGGGCAGCCCCCAGCAUACCCUCCGCUGCCCUGGCACACACAAUUUCUGUCCCUUAUGGGACCAGGUAUAACAAAACAUACAAAUACUAAAAGUAGUAUUUUCUUGGCUGUGUCAGUUUUAAUGAAAAUUAAAUUUUGGGAACUUUCAUACUUCAAGAUAUUUUUCUUGUUUACUUGUUUAAUUUUUUUAAAGCUCCUUAGGUUAUUAACCUUUUACUUGUGAUUUUUUUUGAACAAAUGUAUGUUAAUAAGCAUAAAACCUCAAGAAACUUUAUUAGUUUAUUUAGAGGUCAUCUUCUUGUCUGAUUUAUUAAUUCUUUAUCAGGCAAUCCUUUAGACUGUAAUUAUUAUUAUGGUUACUAGAAGGUAUAGAAUGUAUAUUACUGAGAGGACUUAGUAUUUUUUCCCAAGGGUGGUAAGCACAAAUACUGAGAAAUUUAAACUGUUUCACCCUUUACCUAUCUUACUGUGCUUAGAUAUUUGAGUAAGAAAUAUUUAUUGAUUAUUUAAACAGUUUCGGAUAUUUUUAAAAUCAACAUGGCCUUAAAGGACCACAUAUAGCAAAAGGUAAAUAGCAAAGAGUACUAGCAUAUAAAAAUGAUACCAUUUCAUCUCUUACAAUAAUUUAUUAGGUCUUUUGAUCCCCAUUUAAUAGUCAGCUCUAAGAAUUUCAUAUACCAGGUUUUCAUUAUGUUCUUCUUCUCUAUUCUUCUAGGAUAAUUACUGUUUACUGCAUAUGUGUGUGUGUAUAUAUAUAUGUAUGUAUGUGUGUAUAAUAUGUGUGUGUGUGUGUGUAGUCAGUUUUACAUUUAAUAUUAAUUUUGGCCCAGAUUAUAUAAGAUUUAAAAUGAGGUCCCUUACCUUUCCUUUUUAAUUAUAUUUUCCAUGUUCUUAGAAAUGCUUCAUUAGCAUUUUAAAUUCUUGCAUUAGCAUCUGUUUAGGUAACCUUACAUCAUGUAUUUUAUUUUUAAUUCAUGGUAUUAAAGUUUGUCUAUUAUUUUACAACAGUAAUAAUGCUAUGAUAGACAUCAGCAUAUAUUUUGUUUAUUCAUAUCUUGUGCUGUUUGCUUAGAGUUAACUAAAAAAUGAAGCACCAGGUAAAAGGCUUUCGUAUCCUGUUACUAACUCCACAUUGCAUCCUGAGAAAGGAGAGAGGCGAUGUUAUCAGCGGUGUUGAUCUCCUGCUUCCAUCAGUAAUUAUCUUCCUCUGAAUCUCAGAGCCUAGAGAAUUUUUAGUAGUACCUAGAAGGUCUGCCACAGUGUGUUCCGGUGAUAUCACACGUUAGAGGCUUUCAAGGUUGAAGUGCAAUAAUCUGACAACUAAUGAGAUGUAUACGAGAUAAAGAGUAGAUACUAUGUCUUGUACUUGCAUCUCUAAGCUAAUUUCAUUUUAGCAUUUAAAUUUCAAGGUGAAAAUAAAUUCCCAUAAUUGUUAAUUCUUUUCCCAUGUUCUCUUUGAAGAAAUUGAGGCCUAAUUGACAAAAGUAUUUAGCUAACUCAGAGGUGAGCUGUGAAACAGGUGAGCCUGGCUCUGAAAGCUGCACUCCUCCCUUCCCGAAGUUCAUUGCAAGGCUGAGGCCUCAGGCUUGGAGAUUUCUCCAUUUUGUCUGUGGGCUUGGUAAUUAUCAAGGGACACUUGGGGACCAACAUCUUUUAAUAACGUGUACUCAAGCAUUAAAACAAUAUCUACAACUGUGCUUUCUCUGCUUGCGAUUAUAUUGAUUAUAUUUUCCUGUAAUAAUAUUGAUAUUGUAUUCUUUGUUAUAAAAUAUUAUGGUCUUAUUCAGAAUGUUCACAUUCUGUAUUUUUAAAUAUAUUAUCCUCUGGUCUUUAUGUAUUAUAGAUAAUGCCAUUAAUAAUAUUUUCCUGCUAUUAAUUAUAAGAAAUUUGUUGUUUUUUAAUGUGUGUUGACUAAUUCAAAUCAAUACUUUUAAGAUAGUUUAAAAGAAAAAUAAAUCUUUUAAAGUGCUGUAAUUUAUAUUUGAAUUAUUUUAUGCUUGGUAUUUCUCUGUAGAAAUAAAUCUUAGCAACUAUUUUGAGAUCUUAGAACAUCUUCAUUUUCAUAUUAUCAUUGUAAUUUUUAUUAGAAAUAUAAUUUUAUAUACAAAUAUA